CAGACUUAAAAGGUCUGUCAAGUUAAUUUAUGACAAUAAGAAGGUUUUAUAACAUAAUAAUGUCAAAAUAAAUUUUGAAAUAUGGCAUUGCGGAUUGGCGCAUUUUAAUUGGCGUUGACACAACAGCAGAAUGCAAGCAUUUUUAAAAAAUGUUAAGAGUAGCGAAAAAAUAACUUCAACCGAUGGAGAGGGAUCAAUCAACAACACAAAACGCAGAACACCGUGGGUUGAAAAAUAUCGUCCGAAAAAGGUUGAAGAUGUAGUGGAGCAAGCUGAAAUAGUUGCUGUUUUAAAACAAUGUUUAGAUGGAGGUGAUUUGCCCAAUAUGCUUCUUUAUGGACCUCCUGGUACAGGCAAAACUAGUACGAUCUUAGCGGCGGCCCACCAGUUGUUUGGAGAAAUAUAUAAAGAUCGUAUUUUAGAAUUAAAUGCAUCUGAUGAACGCGGUAUAAACGUAGUUAGAACUAAAAUCAAGAAUUUCGCUCAAUUAACAGCUAGUAAUGUUAAACCAGAUGGAAAGCCAUGUCCUCCUUUUAAGAUAAUAAUUUUAGACGAGGCAGAUUCGAUGACACAUGCAGCACAGGCCGCUCUUCGAAGAACUAUGGAAAAAGAAAGUCGAAGUACUAGAUUUUGUUUAAUUUGCAACUAUGUAACAAGAAUUAUCGACCCCAUUACAUCACGGUGCACAAAAUUUCGUUUUAAAUCAUUGGGUGAAGAAAAAGUAAUUGAAAGACUUAAAUUUAUUUGUAAAGAAGAAAACGUAAAUAUAGAUGAAAACGCAUAUCAAAUAAUAUUAAAAAUUUCUGAGGGUGAUAUGAGAAGAGCAAUUACUUUAUUGCAAUCUUGCUUCAGACUUAAAGGUACAACUUCUACAAUUACUGAACAAGAUUUGUUCGAAAUAUCUGGCCUUGUCCCUGAAAAUUAUAUGCACGACUUUUUCAAUGUUUGCAAGAGUGGAAAUUACAUAAAAUUAGAAGAGUUUGUUAAUAAUAUAAUAUUUGAAGCAUAUAGUAUUGGUCAAAUGAUAGACCAAUUCAAUGAAUUUGUUAUAAGACAUAAAGACUUAAACAAUGAAGAAAAAUGCAGAAUUUGUGAGAAAUUAGGGGAAUGUGCAUUCCGUUUAUCACAAGGUGGCUCGGAAUAUCUACAAAUUAUGGAUCUAGGCUGUACCGUUAUAUUAGCACUUCAAAAAAACUGAAAUCUUGUGAAGAUGCCUUUAUUGUCUUUGUGAAAAUUAUGUUAAUAAAAAUCAUUGAACUAUUUCAAAUUCGUCCUCA